UAGACGUGGUGCGGUAUCGGCUUGACAUCAUUGAGCAAACAACAAUAUUCAUGCCUGUAGCGCUUUCUUCGACGCUCAGCGCGAAUUGUCGCGAAGCUUGUCGUGAAAUGGUAAAGCGCGGAGAGCAAUUAACAAUAGGAGUGUUGCUAGCGACAGCCGUGGCUCUAACUAUAGCCACGAGCCCAUUGGAUUUAGUAGACGAUCUAAUCGCAUCUCCCUCGUCACCCGAAGCAGCAUCAUUACCACCGCCGCCAGUGAAGCUCGACAAAAACUUACGACGCGCGCUGCUCAAGGCUCUUGUCGAUUUGGAAGCCGAAUCUGCGGAGCAGCAACAGGAAAAUUCGACGAAUCGACUGAGCGACGAGGACAAUGCGACGGACAUCGACGAGAGCAAAUACGAUUUCCUCGAGAUUUCAAAGCAGAAGAGCACGAGCUUCUCGUUCGAUGGUUUCCCCGGCGAGGAAGACACGCCGAGCGAGGAUAAGCUGCAGAACACCACGUUCGUCGAGAACGACAAGUACGUGACUGGCGACGAGGCGGCCAGCAAUAACAGACCGAGCAACGCACAGCAGCCGUCCAAGGAUUACAUCAAGGGCGUUCAGGUGCAUCACGCAGUGUCAUCGGACAAGUCGUCAGCGAUUUACGAGGCGAAGCAGCCAGGCGAACUGUUGGAAACCGUGGAGAGCCGCAACGUCGCAUCCUCGACCUCGUCGUCGUCGGCCGAAGCGCCUCCGACCGCGUCGUCAUCGUUGUCAUCGUUGUCGACGACGAGCAAUAGCAAUGACGGCCCACUGGUCCAGCAAAGCGUCACGUUGGCACCGCUCGUCGAAACGUCCCGGGAAACGCUGACCGCGAGCGCCAGUGGGAACAUCGCGUCGGCAGCGGCAAACUCACUGGUGGCUCCACGGCCGACCGCGGCGACCAACGCGAACAACGAAACCACGCCGAACUUCGGCUCGAAGAUCGUGCAACUCAGCGGCAAGAGCAACAGCAACGCCAACAAAGAGGAAGCCGAGGAGGUGAAGAUCUUUCAAGCUCCGUUGGUCGCGGCGUUCACCGUCCAGCAGGACGAGAGAGGAGUGCCCAAAAACAUCGUGCCGUUGUACAAGAGUGCCAACGACCCUCAGCCGUUGAGCCUCCAAGAGCAACUGGAAUUCAAGCAGCGGCUGCUGGAGAAGCAGCUGGCACAGCUGCAAGCUCAGCAAGCUCAGCAGACGCAGUUCCUGCUGCGCCAGCGCCAGGCUUACGAGGAGCAAGUGAGACAGAAGCAGCAGCAGGAGUACUACCUGCAGGAACAGCAAAGGCUGAAGCUGCUUCAAGAGCACCAACAGCAGAGACUAAGAUUGCAGCAGAGGCCGGCUUUUCAACUAGCGGCUGGCAUUAUUCAGCAACAGCUGCCGUUGCCGCAGCAGCAGACGCUUUUCAACGCCAAUGGCGUGCCACAGCAACAGCAGCAGCAGCAGCAGCAGCAGCAGCAGCAGCAGCAGCAGCAGCAGCAACAGUCGAUCUUCCAACCGAACAACCUAGCUCAGCAAUUACAGCCAACUAGCUUCAAAACCAACAGCGCGUUCAACGCUCCGCACUUGGCCAGCUUCAAUCAGCAGCAAACGGCUUUCAAAACGAGCAACGUCCAGCUUCAACCGAGCCUGAGCUUGGAAGUGCCGAGCAACGUGCCGGCAAUACCGUUCAAACCCGCGGCCCAGCAACAGUUGAGAGCGCCGCUUCAGCAACAUUUCCAACCGUUCCCCGUGGACUUCCAACAGCCACCCGCCCCGGCAUCGCCAGUCACCAGGUUCAAUCGACAGGAGGCUUUCAACGCCGUCGCUAACUUUGGAUUCAACCACUUCCAGAACGACGACAAGUCGGUCAGGCAGAGCCAGCUCGUUCAGCAACAGCGGGCCCUGCAAAACGGCAAUUUCGCCUUUGAUUUAGGAUUCAGACAGCAGCAGAGGCCGUUCGCACCAUCCGUUACGCCGGCAAGGCAAAUUCAGGAAUUGCUCUACCAGUCGGGUAUCGCCGGCGAUUUGCAGGGCUCGGGAACGAGGAAUCAAGAGGACAUCAAUAUCGUGUCCAAGGUUUUGGCGCUCAACGUUGGCGCUUUCCCCGAGCAGCGGACCAAUGGAUUUCAACAGUUCAGCGGGUUAAAGAAGUGAAUGUCACGCUGCAAAGACUUUGUGUUCCGAUUCUACAGCCGCGCGUGGAUGGUCGUCAACAAGUGUGCGAUAGUCUCCCUUUUUAACGCCCGUUUGCAAAAGUCUGAUGGUCGACCACUGCUUGUAAAUUAUUACGCUCUGACUAACUUAUAGAUUGGAUCUGUGCGCCGUGAGACUUUUGCAAAUCACAGUGCCGCGACAAUAAUGAUGACCUCGUGUACAUAUCGGCUGGCUAGAGUCCGUAAAAGAGAAGUUUCAGCUGUCCGGUAACGUCUCUUCGAUUAUAAUUUAUUCCAUGAACCAACGGAUAACCUUCCUGGAUACGAUAUUGUCCUUUUUCUCUUCAUUUACGCGCUCUUUUUAUAUAUCGUUGUCAUUUUGAUAAUAAUCACUUAAUCUCCACAACUUUGCUGGCGAUCGUUCUUUUAUCUUUUUUCUCAUGGGUUUUACUUCACGACUCGAAGUCAUCAAAUUUUCAGCUCAUCCUCUCUCGCACCCGCAGUACAACUGUACGACUCGUAUUUAAGGCAUUCAAGGAAAAUUUCGCGCGCGCGCCAAUUGACAGUGCAAUCAACAGAAAAUAGUUUGAAAACCAGAAUUUGUGUACCCUGAAAAAGCAAAUCUUUUUCUACACGUAUAUUUAUGUACUUAUUUCUGUGUACCUGUAAAGAGAUACAAUUUAUUCAUUGCUAUAUAUUAUGUAUAUUUUUGU